AUGCCGGAUCUGCGAGAGCAACAGUGGGCGUCGCAGGAUGGCAGUGGACAUCGUGUGGCUGAGAUCACAGCAGGAGGCAAAGCUGGGGGAGAAAGUGGGAAAGCCAAGGCUAAGCCAGUGUCCUGCUCACAGAGAGCUAGCCUCCAGUUUCCUGUGGGCCAGAUCCACAGACACUUGAAGACUCGCACCACAAGCCAUGGACGGGUGGGAGCCACUGCUGCUGUGUACAGUGCAGUGAUUCUCACAGCUGAGGUGCUGGAGUUGGCAGGUAAUGCUUCCAAGGAUCUCAAAGUAAAGCGCAUUACUCCAUGGCACCUGCAGCUUGCAAUCCGAGGAGAUGAAGAUCUGGAUUCACUCAUCAAGGCUACCAUAGCUGGGGGAGAUGUGAUCCCACACAUCCACAAAUCUCUGAUUGGAAAGAAGGGACAGCAGAAAACUGCUUAGGAAGUGA